AUGUCUCUCCUGUUCACAGGAGAUGGGAAUCCUCCUAACUAUCUCUGCAAGAGGAAAAACAUGCUAAUGGCCAUCAUUGGUGGGCUCUCAUCUCACAAUUCUAGGCAGAUGCCUCACAUCUUGAACAUCUAUAAAAUGGCACAGCUCAGCUAUGGCUCUUUUGACCCUGCAUUGAAAGAUAAGGAUCGGUUCCCUUCUGUCUAUCGAAUGAUUCCAAAUGAAAAUAUGCAAUAUUUUGCAAUUGUAAAGCUGCUGAAGCAUUUUGGAUGGACCUGGAUUGGCCUCAUUGCGUCAGAUGAUGAUAGUGGGGAAUUGUUAUUGAGGACUCUGAUUCCUCAGCUACUCCAGAGCAGCAUUUGUUUAGCUUUCAAGGAAAUCAUUCCAACAAUGAACACACACUGGAAAGGAUAUGUAGGAACAAAAAUAGAUCUCAAUCAUGAAUUGUCAAAAAUAAGUCUGACUCUUGCAUCUACUGAAACCGAUGUGAUUCUUGUUCAUGGGAGUUCACAAUCUAUGGAGGGCUUGCGGAUGAUUCUAUAUUUCAAUGAGUUUGUUGAAAUGAAGCCAACAGAGAAAAUUUGGAUCAUCACAGCUCAGUGGGACUUUACAUCCACAAUCUCAAGUGAAUUUUUCACUCCAAGAUCCUUGAAUGGCACUCUGUCCUUUGCAUUGCCCACAAAAGAGAUAGAUGGGUAUAUACAAUAUUUCAGUACAAUAAACCCAAGUGAAAAUCAUGAUUAUGUUGCAGCUCUCCUUUGGAACAAUGCCUUUGUAUGCUCAUUCCCAGAAUAUACUUUAUAUAAGAGGAAUACAACCAACUGUACUGGGGAGGAGAAACUGAGCAGUCUGCCUGAAUCUGUCUUUGAAAUGAGAAUGUCUGGUCAGAGUUACAGUAUCUACAAUGCUGUUUAUGCCAUUGCACAUGCUCUCCAUGCCUUGCUUUCUGAAAGAUCAAAGCAUAAAUCAUGGAGAGAUGUAGGCACAUGGGACUUUCAGACUAUCCAGCCCUGGCAGCUUCAUUCCUUCCUGAAAAACGUUCGCUUCAACAAUAGUGCUGGAGAAGAAAUAUUUUUUGAUGAAAAUGGGGAGUUGCAAACUGGAUAUGACAUCAUGAACAUAGUCACCUUUCCUAAUCGGUCCAUGCACAGAGUGCCUAUUGGAUGGACUGACCCCCGGUCUCCUAAGGGGAGAGACUUCAUUAUCCAUCAGAACUCCAUUGUGUGGAAUCAGAUUUUUAUUAAGAAGCCUCCCAGAUCCAGAUGUGUUGAUGGUUGCCAUCCUGGACAGAGCAAGGCCAUGCGUGAGGAGGAAGAACUUUGUUGUUAUGACUGUCCGCAGUGUCCUGAAGGAAUGGUUUCAAAUGAGACAGAUGCAGAUGAGUGCAACAUGUGUCCAGAUGAUCAGCAUUCAAACAAGAAUCGAGAUCAAUGCAUUCCCAAAUAUAUAAACUACAUGUCAUUUGAAGAGCCUUUGGGAAUUGUUUUGGUUUCUUUAGUUCUUUUCUCUUCCUUGAUAACCGUUGUGAUGAUGUGGAGCUUCUUCAAGAACAAGAAUACUCCCAUCAUUAAAGCCAAUAACUGGAGCAUCACUUGUACCCUCCUCUUCUCUUUGCUCCUUUGCUUUCUCUGUUCUUUGCUUUUCAUUGGCAAACCUGGGGUUGUGUCCUGCAUCCUCCGACAAACUUUGUUUGCCAUUGUUUUUUCUAUUGCUGUUUCAUCAGUUUUGGCCAAAACUCUCACAGUGGUCCUGGCCUUUAUGGCCACCAAACCUGGAAACAGGAUGAGAAAAUGGGUAGGAAAGCAUUUGGCAGUCUCAGUCAUUAUUUUUGCAUCUCUCAUUCAAAUUGUCAUUUGUGUCUUAUGGCUGGCCAUCUCUCCCCCAUUCCCAGAAUGGGACAAGCAUUCCCAGAUGGGAGAGAUCCUAUUGCAAUGCAAUGAAGGCUCAGAUGUGAUGUUCUACAUUGUCCUCAGCUACAUGGGGCUUUUGGCCUUCAUCAGCUUCACUGUUGCUUUCUUUGCCAGGAAGUUGCCUGAUACUUUUAAUGAAGCCAAGCUGAUCACCUUCAGCAUGCUGGUCUUUUGCAGUGUUUGGGUGUCCUUUGUCCCCACUUACCUGAGCACUAAAGGGAAAUACAUGGUGGCUGUGGAGAUCUUCUCCAUCUUGGCCUCUAGCUCUGGAUUGUUGGGCUUCAUUUUUCUUCCUAAAGUGUACAUUGUUUUAUUGAGACCCGAGCUGAAUACCAGGGAUCAGCUGGUGAGGAAAAAGAAUCCUAGUACUUACUGA